CAGGAAGUUUACAACUGACUUGCUUCACAUUUAGGUCCAGUUUAUUAGUGGUGUUAGCAAAAAGUGUUGUACAAAACAAAGAAACUAUGGUUUGCGACAAUUGUGAGAAGAAGCUGGGCAGGGUGAUAACUCCAGACACCUGGAAGGAUGGAGCAAGGAACACUACAGAGAGCGGUGGGCGGAAGCUGAAUGAGAACAAGGCUCUGACAUCUAAGAAGGCUAGGUUUGAUCCUUAUGGGAAGCCAGGAAAAUCAGGAAAGUCGGGCUUUGGCAUCUGCCGAAUCUGCAAGAGCUCUGUUCACCAAUCAGGAUCUCACUACUGCCAGGGCUGUGCCUACAAGAAAGGGAUCUGUGCCAUGUGUGGGAAGAAGGUUCUGGACACCAAGAACUACAAGCAGACCUCUGUCUGAUAGUCUUCUGACAGGCCACCAGUAUAACCAGAGAAAGAAGGGGAGGAGUGAGAAAGAAAAGCAGGGAAAGGGGAAGGAAGGUGGGCACGAGAAAUGACCACUUUAUUGUGUCGCAGGCUUGUUUUGACCCUGUCUAAAUCUCUCAUAGCAGAGAUACAGUCAAAGGGUUCUUACUCUUUCCAGCUCUCUCGUGUGCGUGUGCGUGAUGGAGCCCUCCCUAUUGUACAGAUCCUAUAACCCUCAGCAAUAAGUGGCCAGUACUGUUCCACACACCAAAUCCGAGACUAGUUUUAAUACCUGGACUGAUGGUUUCUCUCCGGUCGUGUCAAACCUGCUCUGAUAAAGGAGUUUUCUUUUAUCAAUUCAUUGGAAAUUAUAUCAAGUGUCAUGUUUUUGAGUGUAUUAAUAUAAUACAUAUGUAAUGGCAAUUAAAUUAUUAUUCAUCAACUUUG